AUAUCAUUAGUAUGCAUCAAUCGAAAUUACAGUACUCAUUGCUCUUUAAGCAUUUUGCUACUGUGCCAUCAUUUCUCAAUUUGUAAUGGCAGCAAAAUUGCCAGAGGAAGAGCACCCAAAACAAGCCUUUGGAUGGGCUGCAAGAGACGAAUCUGGUGUCCUCUCUCCCUUCAAAUUCUCUCGGAGGGAAACAGGGGGAAACGAUGUUUCCUUUAAAGUCCUGUACUGCGGGAUGUGUCACUCUGAUGUUCACAAUAUCAAGAACGAGUGGGGCAUUGCUGUAUACCCCAUGGUCCCUGGGCAUGAGAUUGUGGGAGUUGUGACAGAGGUAGGGAGCAAGGUAGAAAAAUUCAAGGUUGGUGACAAAGUUGGUGUGGGCUGCAUGGUCGGAUCUUGCCGCUCUUGCGAUAAUUGCAGCAACAAUCUUGAGAAUUACUGCCCAGAAAUGGUACUCACAUAUGGUGCCAAGUACCACGAUGGAACCAUCACUUAUGGAGGCUACUCGGACAACAUGGUCGCUGAUGAGCAGUUCGUGGUCCGUAUCCCGGAUAAUCUGCCUCUUGAUGCUGCUGCUCCUCUCCUCUGCGCUGGUAUUACAGUGUAUAGCCCCUUGAGAUACUACGGACUUGACAAACCUGGUUUGCAUGUUGGCGUGGUUGGCCUUGGUGGGCUUGGCCAUAUGGCUGUGAAAUUUGCAAAGGCCAUGGGGGCUAAGGUGACUGUGAUCAGCACUUCUCCUAAAAAGAAACAGGAGGCUAUUGAGCGUCUGGGUGCUGAUUCAUUCCUAGUCGGCCGUGACCAGGAUCAAAUAACGGCUGCAAUGAGCACGAUGGAUGGGAUUAUUGAUGCAGUAUCUGCAAUGCACCCUCUCUUGCCUUUGAUCGGUUUACUGAAGCCUCAUGGAAAGAUGGUACUGGUUGGUGCUCCAGAGAAGCCACUUGAGCUACCAGCUUUUCCUUUGCUCAUGGGGAGGAAGCUAGUGGGUGGUAGUGCCAUUGGAGGAAUGAAGGAGACACAAGAAAUGAUGAAUUUUGCAGCAAAACAUGGCAUAACAGCUGACAUUGAAGUUAUCCCAAUUGAUUAUGUGAACACUGCUAUGGAGCGCAUGUUGAAAUCUGAUGUUAAAUAUCGAUUUGUCAUCGACAUUGCCAACACUAUGAAGCUUGACCUUUGAAAAGUUCACCCUUUGGAUGGCAAUAUAAGACUAUGGAGUGUUCUUUUCGGUAAUAAUACUCAUAGUUUUAUAUUUCAGGUCUAUUUUGAGUGAUAAGAGUAUUUGUUUUUAAUAAUAAUUUUUUUUCACAUUAAGUGAGUUUUUAUUUUAUAACGAGUGUAAAAAAAUAUCUAUUUCUAUUGUAUGGUCGACGAUCAAUUAGUCCUAUAUAAAAUUAUAAUUAUAUUUUUCUCA